UCUAAUCGCUGUCCUGUGAAGACUAUCAGUUACAUGCCCCAGCCAACACUGUGUCGGUCCAGAGAGAGUCGAACGAGAGGUACCGACUUAAAGUUAACUACGUGCAAAACUCUGUCACUCAGCAGCGUGCAGUGCCAACAGUGAUGGCUGGCUAGGCGGUGGGCGGACCCCGGCACAGGAGGGCAGGCAUUUCAUGUUUCUUACUCACAGUUUAGCUUCCACUUGGGCCAUAGUAAAGGCAGCGAUUGAAUAAAAAGUGGAAAAGCCUCGGUGUGUAUGUGAGAGAGAGAGAAGGAGUAGAGUUGUUUACCUUUCUCGGGGAUUUUGAGGGUUUGUGUGAAGACAUCACGCCAGGUCAUGUCGUUGUCAGGCAGCGUGUCUGAUUCCGAGGACAGUGGGGCCACGAUUCAGUACGCACCUAUCCACAAGUUAGCCAUGGUUCGCUUAGAACCACCGAGGAACCCUGACAGACCCUUCACUUCUUUCAGCAUUAAGGACAUUCUCGGGCAUCAUCGCAGUCACACGAAAACCUCUUUCCGAUCCAGCCUGUUAUCUCACGUACCGGCGUCUCUGCUAAGCGCAGUGUGCCACCGGUCAACCACGAACGGUAGCAGCCAAAACUCCAGAGGUUUCAGUAGUCGUCGGCUUUAUCGAAGUCAUCGUCUCCAUCGCUCAUGUCCCAGGUCAAAUCAUAGCACAAGUCAAAACGAGCAAAGACAAAGUAACCACCCGCUAGGGCAAAAUGUGGCAAAGAUUGUUCGACCAUGGGACAACGAUCAGAAGGGGGACAUUAUUAGUACAUCGUCGUCAGACAUAGAAGUGGAGGAUGAGGAUGACAACGAGGAAGAAAUCCACGUGGACGAGGAACCUUUACCUUUGGACAAGUCCGUUUCUCCGUUGGACGCCCUGAUGGAAAUGGCGACGAAAACCUUCGAUGGUUUGGACGGUUCAGACUCUUCAGAUGAUAAGAAAAGGGAUCCAGCAACCAUGUUUGGGAAAAAUCAGCCACCAAAGAAGAGACGAAAAUCACGAACAGCUUUCACGAACCAGCAGAUUUAUGAACUGGAAAAAAGGUUUCUAUAUCAAAAAUAUUUAACUCCGGCCGACAGGGACGAAAUUGCCAUGAAUUUAGGUCUAACAAACGCCCAAGUAAUCACGUGGUUUCAAAACAGACGAGCAAAGCUGAAACGUGACUUAGAGGAAAUGAAGAACGACGUGAACGCCGCUAAAAGACUGAAUCUACAGGCAGGCGACAAAUGUUCCGAAGAGCAUGCGCAAGACUUGAGGGAAGCGGAAGCUAUGUUAGCCUCAAAAUACAAUAUCAAAGACAGUUGUAGAAGUAGCAUAGAACCGUUUACUCGUGCUAUACAAAAUGAUCCGGAAAAUUACAAACUUCAAAAACACCCAACGAAGGGGAACGAAAGAAACAAUUAAGUUCCUAUCAGAAUUGACAUUGACUAACAGCUAAAAAGUGAGCCCCUGCUCAUACCGGACCUCCUAAGACUUCAAAAGACUCGUAUACUGUGAUGUAACGAUGGGAACGGUGAUUGAUGUAGCAGAAGUUUCGCGGAAUGCCAAAAACAGCUGAACAAAUCUCCUAACUUACAUUUUUUUAUUAUUGUUUGCUGCCUUUAUAUUUGGAAAAGGUCUUAGAUUCGGGAGACGUCUUCUUGUACACAUCAAUCUUCACCCAUUCCUAAUACGCUAGAAUUUCGGUGACUGUGAAGUUGCCAUCAUUUCAUCAUAUGUCUUUGGCUUCCUUUUUUUCUUGUUGGAUAAAAGAAGUUUCUUAUGGAUAUUUUUUCUGCUUUGUACAUUUAAUUACUUACAGAUAUGUGCAAAAAACCCCAUAAUUAUGAAGAACUCAGUUAUAUAUUGCGUUUUCAUUUACGAAAUGUCCAAGCGAUAUUUAUUUGUAUAAAUACGAAAACGUGGUUUGCGAUUGAUGGACAUAUUUUGUCCUUUCCUUUAAAGUUUUUAGAAGCGGCGUGAUUC